AUGGCGGUGCCCUGUGUGCUUUGCUCCGUAUGCUUACGCCCUGGGUCCGUCCAGCGGCCCUUCGAACGCAACUUGAUUGCUGCUACUGACGGCACCGUUGAGUCUACUGGUGUUGCUGGCGAAGAGUCUGACUUCAUUGUUCAGUCUCCUUCGACGCGCCGUGCUUCUCGAGCCUCUUUUGAACAGCAGCAGCCAGCUACUUCGCAUCCACUUGCUAAUACUUCCUCUGCCAACGCUCUUUCAUUCGAAAAUCAUGACAAUAGCCAAUUUUCUUUGAGAAGCAUUCCUGCCAUUCCUAUCUCAUCUCAUAAUGAACUGAAAAUUGAACCCACCCUUUCUGGGACGGAUUUUGCCUCAUUGGGAAACAAUUCGUUCCAGGCCAGUUCUGCUCCAAGUCCUCUUCAGCAGAAUCCAUCGCUCUCUCCAAGAAAAGCUUCUCUAUCUUCUCAGGUCAUCCCUAACUCCAUUACAUUAUCUCCCCCUUCCCCUUCUUCCUCUUUGGACAACUCCAAUUCAUCUAAAAAGUGCUUGCGGCCCUGGUCCCCUCAAAAUGUAAAUCAAAAACCUCCUACCCCUGCGCCCGUACCCAAAUUUAUAUCCCCAGCAUUCUGGCGGCUUCCAUGGUCAUCGCGCCAAAUGAACGCGACAGCCAUGGCUGAUCGAAUCUCAUGA